AAAACUCCCGCGACGGCUGUGAUUUGCUCUCGCGAGAUCGGGGUCUUCCCUUUCGUUCCCCCCACCCUUUCUGCUGGCUGCCGCGAACAAUGCGAGACCUAACAGCUCAUGUAACCAGCAGCCUGUUGCAGUUUCCAGAAGUGACUACACAAGCUCUUGGAGAAGAUGAGAUAACGCUAGACUCUGUACUUAAUGGGACAUUCACUGGAGGGCGAAAUGGGCUGGCUUGCCUGGCAUGUGGACCUCAACUUGAAGUAGUAAACACAGUCACCGGAGAGCGACUAUCUGCGUAUCGUUUCAGUGGAGUGAAUGAACAGCCACCCACUAUCCUCGCAGUGAAAGAGUUUUCCUGGCAGAAAAGAACUGGUCUGCUAAUUGGCUUGGAAGAAACAGAAGGAAGUGUUCUGUGUUUGUAUGACCUUGGAAUAUCAAGAGUGGUUAAAGCAGUUGUUCUUCCUGGAAGGGUUACUGCAAUAGAACCUAUAAUUAACCAUGGAGGAGCAAGUUUGACAACCCAACACUUACACCAGAGUCUCAGGUGGUUGUUUGGUGUGGCAGCUGUGGUUACAGAUGUUGGACAUGUCCUUCUGAUUGAUCUUUGUCUAGAUGACUUGUCAUGUAGCCAGAAUGAAAUAGAGGCAUCUGACCUAGAAGUUAUCACCGGAAUCCCUCCUGAAAUACCACAAAUAAGGGAGACCAUCACAAGGAAAGGUCGGCAUCUCUGUUUCCAACUACUGAACCCAUCUGGAACUGCUGUGAAAACCCUCUCAUACAUACACAGAAUCAACCAAUUGGUUGUAGGGUGUUCUGAUGGUUACCUCUCACUGUGGAACAUGAAAACCUUGAAGAAAGAGUACCACUCCCAGUUAGAAGGAGGUAGGAUUCCAGUCUAUGCUGUUACUUUUCAGGAACCUGAAAACGAUCCCCGCAACUGUUGUUACUUGUGGGCUAUUCAGUCAACACAAGAAAGUGAAGGGGAUGUUGUCAGCUUACAUUUGCUGCAGUUGGCUUUCAGUGACAGAAGACGUUUGGCAUCUGGGCAAAUCAUGUAUGAGGGUUUGGAAUAUUGUGAAGAAAGGUACAGCCUAGACCUUACGGGGGGUGUUUUCUCUUUGAGAGGACAGACAAGCAACACCAAAUUAAUUGGCUGUCAGACUAUAGAAAAGUUUCGAAGCCAUGUUGACAGAGAAGAUGGCAUUAAUGAAGUCAUAUCACCUGACACAAGUGUCUCAGUCUUCAGCUGGCAGGUGAACACAUAUGGUCAAGGCAAACCAUCUACCUAUUUAGGUAUAUUUGACGUAAAUCGGUGGUACCAUGCUCAGAUGCCAGACUCAUUAAGACCAGGGGAAUUUCUGCAUAAUUGUCCCUAUUUUGCAUUAUGGUCUCUGGAUGCUGUAGUGAGCAUGACCAAUCCACAUCGUAUCUUGGAUGUCCUGGUAAAUGAACGAAGCUUAAGUCGUGGUGUACCUCCAUCAUAUCCUCCACCUGAACAGUUUUUUAACCCAAGCACCUAUAACUUUGAUGCUACUUGUUUGCUGGACUGUGGAGUUGUUCAUGUAACUUGCACAGGAUUCCAAAAGGAUACUUUGCAUUUCUUAAAACAAUCUGGUGGUUCUUUAAAUGAAGCUAUUCCUGACAGUUAUAAUAGAUGUCUUAUAGCUGGCUUGCUUUCACCAAGGUUUGUUGAUGUACAGCCUUCAAGUCUGAGUCAGGAAGAACAGUUGGAAGCUGUGUUAUCAGCAGCUGUCCAAACUAGCUCUUUAGGGCUACUCACAGGCUGCAUCAAGCAGUGGACCUCUGAAGAGCAACCAGAUUCUGCCCCCAACCUGCGCUUUGUUCUUGAAUGGACGUGGAAUAAAGUGAUUAGCACAAAAGAAGAGUUUGUUCGAUUAUGUGUCCCACUGUUUGACGGAUCAUCUAACUUUAUUGAUCCACAAACACUACAAUCUCUGCAGCACUGUGAGUUGCUUCUUAGCAACCUUAACACAGUUUUGAACUGCUUUGUAACAGAGGCACAAGAACUCACAGAAAAAGGUAUCACAGAUUUAACAAAUAAACAGGCUGUAACGAGUCUUCUUUUGCAAUAUGUGCAAGUUGUCAUCUGGUUCUGUCGGUCCAGUCUUCUUCCUGAAGGCUUAGAUGAAGAUAUGCAGUUAUCAAAACCUUUCUACGAUUACCAGAACAUACAGCGCUUCUAUGUCAGCAGUCGUCAGAAAUUAGAGCGCUCAUCAAGAGGUAAAUGGAACCCCGACUGCUUGAUGAUUGAUGGAAUGGUCUCUCAGUUGGGUGACACUGUUGCGAAGCUGUGGCAAAGAGAUGAUGGGGGGACAGGGAACUAUCCUCCUCCUACAUUACAUGCACUCCUCGAUCUCUACUUGUUGGAAAACAUAGAAGAUCUCUACAAACACGCAAUUACAAUUUAUUUACUUUUGGACAUUAUGCAUUCCUGUCCAAACAAAACUGAUACUACAAUGGACUCUUUCCCAACUGCCUUUGCCAUCCCUGUUGGUGUGGUUAACCUAAUUCAAGGUUAUUGGUGCUUGGAUCAUGGUGACUGUGAGAACUCUCUGACCUAUUUGUUUCAUCCAGCUACAAUCAAAUUGUCUUGGCAACACAUGCGGAUAAUUCAGGUCUUCAUGUGCCAAGGAGAGCACAGGCGAGCGCUCAGAUACAUACAGAUGAUGAAGCCAUCAAUGACCAGCAGCAGUGAAGUUGCACUACAUCUUACUGUCUUGCUGUUCAAUAGUUGUAUGGUGGAAGCAUGGAGUGUGUUGCGGCAACAUUCUACCAGAUUAAAUGUAGAAGGAAUGCUUAAACAUGUGUAUGAAGUCUGCCAGGAGCUAGGACUAAUGGAAGACUUGCUGAAAUUGCCAUUCACAGACACAGAACAAGAGUGUCUAGAGAAGUUCUUACAGACAAGUGCUGAUGUUCAUAAUCAUGAGUUCCUUUUAGUUCACCACCUCCAACGCGCCAACUAUGUUCCUGCACUGCAGUUGAACCAGUCAUUGAAGAUGAAUCUUCUGAAUGACCGUGAUCCCCGUUGGAGAGAGAGAUCAGUUGCCAGAAAUUCUAUAUUAGAACAGUAUGGGAAGGUCCUACCUAGGGUGCAAAGGAAGCUGGCCGUUGAGCGGGCCAAACCAUACCAUUUGCCUUCUUCACUUCGUCGGGAAGUUAUAAGACCAAAGCCAUUAUCAACAAUUGCAAAGCAUAUUGCUAAAGGGAAUGUAGUUACAAAAGCAACUUUCAUCAGUAAGGUACUUUCCAAAAUAGGAGAGGUGUGGAUGGGAACUGAACAGAAAAGUAAAUCAAUUCAAAAUGAUACUUCUGAGGAACAGCCGUCCAGACUGGAUGACACUGAGUUGCCUGAUCCAUUUGUAGGAACACCUGUCACUAAAACGUUAAGGAAGUGCUCCAGAUUGCUCGAGUCGGUGGUUCGGCCUGUUGGUGUUUGCUCUCCUCCCCUUGGAAGUAAUUUGCAGGUGUCGCCAAGAGCUUCUUGCAUGCUUUCUAGUCCAUUGCGUUCAAAUCCUCGAUGUUCCGUGCUGCUACAUAAGAACCUCACAAGUGCACCAGAAUUAAGAUUACUGGAAACUCCUGCAGUUGUUAAGAGAGCUAAAGCUUUGACAUCUGCAUCUUCCUCUGGCUUCCCUGGUUUUACUCCACAGUCUAUUUUGAGAUCUAGUCUACGCACUACACCAUUAGCUACUCCAACUGCAUCUCCAGGAAGAUCUAUUACUCCACCUUUACGUGCAAAAGAAACAAAAAUAUCAUUUAUGGAAGAAAACAAAACUUCUAGGGUGACAAUUCGUAAAACAAGACAUAAUGCAGUUUCAUCUGAAAGCAUUCUUGAGGCUCAAAUGGAGGACAUAUGGUCUAAGACUAGAGGAUUGCCCUCCUUUCCAUCAUGCAAUGCUCAGGAAGACCAUGAAGAAACUGACCUGUCUGCAGAGAGCAUACCAGGAGAUAACGUGGACAAAUCAGAACCUUUCAUAGAAACUAGCAAUAUUUUAAUCAAGAUGGACCAAACAACAUUGGAAUAUCGUGCGAAAAAAUUACCAGGUGGUGCUGGAGAUACUAUAGCCUAUCAUUGUGCUGAUUCUUCAUCUGAGGACAUCUUAGACAUACCAGAGUCAGUUGAAAGAGAAGGAAGUGAGGUAGCUGAAAGUGAAUGUUUGCAAAUGGAACCUCGGACACCUACAGAUGUAGAACAAUUGCCUGGAUUUACGGAAGAGGAAGAAAAGGGAUCUGGUGCCCUCCUUGAAGAUGGAGUAUCAGUGACAGAUCACUUAAAUGCUGUCCAAGAUGCUGUAGUCUCUUCUCUUGUGCCAUCUAAUAAAAGUGGAACACUUACUCUGGAAUCCAACAAGACAUCAUUGUUGGAAGACAACAGACUCCUUUCUGAAACAAGUACUGAAGCUUUGGACCCAACAGGAGCAGAUGCGGAAUCUGACAUCAGUAUUCCUGACAGUGAAGAAAUUGCCAGUAUUUAUUCCAAAACGGAGUUUGAAGAAAGAGAAGCAUCAGUACUUGAGGAAAGAACAGAAGAAGCCAUAAAAGAAAAUUUAGUAGGAAAGAACCCACCUACCAAUGUACCUGAAUGCCAAGAAGUAAAUCCUAUUGACGAUGGAGCGCCUGAGGUACAAGUUUUGGAAACUUUUGUGGAGACUCUCCCAAACAGUGAGCUGUGUCCCUCAAACACUGUUCAAUAUCAGUGCAGCGAUGAUGCUGUGGAGCAACAGGUUGCAUGUGAAUUGCUUGAUAAAGAUGCUGGUGAAUAUGGCUUUUCUGAAGAACAAGAACUAUUCCUGCCUCAGGACAACUUUACAUUAAUACUAGAAGGGGAUGAAGAAGCUGAAAUAGGAGAGAUUCCUGCAUUGCAUUCUCUUCCUCUGAAAUCAGCUAGCCCAAAAUCAGAGGGAGAACAUCUAAAUAAUACUGAAAGUAACAACCAAGAACUCAUUACAAAUUCAGUAUCCACAGUAACUAGCGAUCAGAUGUCCCAGAAUACUACCAAGGUAUUGCCUUAUGUACCUGAACCUAUUAAAACGGUUAUUGCUGAAAACCUGUUAGACAUAAUAAAAGACACAAGAAAUAAAGAGUUUUCAUCUGACGUAGUAGAGGAAUCUGUUCACAAAAGCAUAAACAAGAAGUUACUAAAUUCCCUCCAGGAUCCACUACAAAAUAUUCCUGAAACAAAUAAAGAGACGAAAAUAAAUCAGGCAGAACACAUAGUAACAUCUAGUAGAGGCACAACAGGACAGAUGGCUGUAAGUCUAAAUGACUUGUUACCUGAUGAUCAGCUAUUGACAAAGAUGAGUGAACCAGAUGUGCCGGUACUGCCUACAACAAGAAGAAGUGCUAGACGAGGAAAAGAUACUUCUAGCAUUCCUGAAAACCGUUCUGACAGUUCUAAAAGAAAACCCCAAGAACAGCAACCAUCACAUGCUCUUGCUUUUCCAGUUAAAGGUACUGAGAAUACAGAAGGGUGUGAUCUAGAAAUAUCAAAAGAUGUUCAUCCCGUUGCACAAGAGGUUCAGGCAACCAUUACUUCAAGAAGAGGAGUUAGGAAAUCAAAAGCACUUGUAUCAGAAUUUCUUAAGCAUCCAAAUGACCAGCCAACUUCUGCUCUCAAGAGGACUUCUAAAAAUACCGAAAGCUUAGUAGGAGAUCAAGAAGGUAAUCAGUUCUUUAUUGACCAUACAAUACAAAUGACUGUCAAUCCUAGAAGCACAAGAAAGCUGAAAACCAUUGCUUUCAAAUUUGCAGAAAAUGUAAUUUCAGAUCAGAAGGCAGAAGCAGAAGAAAAGAAAGAGAGUGUUACACCAAGAAGAGGACGACCAAGGAAACAUGGUAUACUGGAAGUAUCAGCGCAUACAGAAACACAGUCUGAGAAGUUACAAUUACCAUCCUCAGUUAGAAGGGGCAGAAGUCGAAGUUCCAGUGUCCUGGAAGCAAUUUGUAAAGAGAGCACACAGCCCAGUGAGCCUCAGCUGCCCACUCCAACUAGACAAGGGAGAGCGCAGAGUGCCAGUAGAGCUGAGAAUGUUUCUGGGCAAGAGACUGAGGUCCCUGAGCAGCAGACUGUGCGGCGUAAAAGAGGUAGACCAAGAAAGAAUCCUCUGAAUGUUUCAGCAGAUUCCAAGCCGGUUUUAUCUUUACUGUCACCAUCACCUCCUCCUCAGCUAAAUGUUAAAUCUUUUGUUGCUAGUCGAAGAAGUACUAGAAGUGCAGCACUAAAUAAGUCCAUGAGUGCAACAUCUGUACCCGAGACUGCAUUAGAUACUUCAAAAAGGAGAAGUAGAAGACUUACAUCUGCAAGUGUAGCGAAAACAAAGGUGGAAGAAUCUGUCUCAGAAGAACCUUCUGAUGCAGUGGCUUCGGCAAGGAGGUCUGCAAAGAGGCAGUCAAAAAUGACAGCAAUCAAAAAGUACAAAGUUCCAUCACACGCUGAAGAAAGUGCAGAGGUGAAACCCUUGCCACAAGCCACUGAUAACGUUGAGGAACUGCAAUCCAUGGGUGUGACCGAACUAAGGCUUGGUGAAAUGCAGAAAACUGUGGCACGUCAUGGCUCUCAUGUUAAAAGGACCAGAUACAGCAAAAAGAGUAUGAAACAGAGCCUCUCCCUUGAUAGAGACGAGGCAUUCUUUUUUUCUCCCCCUCUUACAAAACUCACGGAGGACCCUAAAGGUGAAAAAGCAGUGACUCCAGUACAGCUCAAAGAUUUAGAUGCAGAUUUGGCCUCUCGGUUCGUGUUCUCGCCUCCUGUUCUGAGGUCCAGGAAAAAACAGGUGUCCAGUAUUUCAAGGAUUGUGGAAGAGCUGGAGUUGCCAGUUAAAGAAGAAGACGAUGCCAUCUCAAUAGAAACUUUGGAAAAGCAGAAAGUAAAAAGAAGUGGAACUAAAAGAUCAAAAGCAAUCAAAAAAACCAAACUCUUAGGUAAAGAUGGUAGUUGGUCACCACCACCGAUGGAGAUUAAGUUUAUUUCUCCUUUUGGCACCCCAGUGGAUGGAGCAAAAAGUAAACAGAAAGACUCUGUGGAUAAAGCAGAAAAGCCUAUUAAAAAGACUGUUUCCAGAAACGAGAAGAGACUGUCUAGCUAUCCAAAGCCAGUUGUCCGGAAGAAGAUGCUAUAACUAUUUUUUAAAAUUUGUAACGCACGCCAAUGUUUGUAAAGUCAUCACAAUUGUGGGAAUAUUAAGAAAGAAUCAUUA